UAAACAUGUUAAUAAAAUGUGUAAUUUUUAUUUUAACGGCUCUACUUUGUAGCCAUACAUUGUGUGAUCAGUCAGUUGAGUCAAAGCGAAACGGAAAAUUCUUUGGCAUAACUGGAUAUUUUUCAGGAUCAUCGGAUUUUCAUGUGGUACCAUUUUGGAAGCAAUGGAAUGCAUUGUUUCAAGUGAAUGUCGAAAAGAAUAAGCAUAAACAUAAUAAUGAGAUUUAUGUUCUUCCUGCGUCACAAUUUUACUAUCCACCUUAUGAUAGUUAUGGUUUAUACGUUCCGCAUAUGUAUGGUGGAUUAGGUGGUGGCGGAUUAGUUGGAAAUCGACUGCAUGGACCAAUGUCAUUACUUCUCGAUGAAUACAAUUUUCCGGCCACAACACUGGCUCCACUCAAUCCAGAUAUUAACGACAGGCCAAAAUUGGAGGGUGAUUCAAAUGAUGAUGGCGCAAAGAAAAAUGUAGGUUUGUUCAAUUUGAAUAUACGUGAUGAUCGUAAAACACACAAACGCGAUAUUGUGCAUAAAACGAUAACUGACAAUGAGGUUGUUGCUACAGUUGUGGAAAUCACCGACAUUAACAUUGACAAAACGACAACAGCCACAUCAGCAGCAACAAGUGAGCCUGAUAUUUAUACAACAACUGAAUCAAAUGAAUCGCAAACAACAGAAACAAUUGAAUCGACAACAUCAUCGAUACCAUCAUCGUCGACAAGCGAAAAUCCAACCGCAUCCAUUGUUGAUACUGGAUUCCAGCCAAUUUUAAAUUUUUACUAUGGUGGUACGCCAAAUGCCAAUUAUAUUUAUAUUACAACGGCCGAACCCAUUCAGGAACCUACACCAUCAACGGAACUCCCAAAUACAAUCAACGAUCGAUACGAUUGGGGUGAAUUCAAACCAAGCAUACAAUACGAAUAUCGAAAUUAUCGAUUCAAACCAGACAAACAUUUUGUUCCCGUUGCUGGCACAAAACAAGUAUAUUAAACAGUCGGUUAGGCUAUUCUUUUUCAUCUAUUGAGAAUUUGGAAAAUGUUCGAAGAAAAGAUUUUUUUUUAUAUUUUU